AUGUCCACCAAUCUAGACCGCGCGAUCGAGCUCGUGCAGCGUGCGAUCGAGGAAGACACGAAACAGAAUUAUGCCGAGGCGUACAAGCAGUACCAGAACGCGCUCGACUACUUCAUGCUCGCUCUCAAAUGGGAGCGGAACGAGAAGUCGAAGCAGCUGAUCCGCACCAAGAUCAGCGAGUACCUCGCGCGCGCGGAGACGCUCAAGGACCACCUCUCGCAGUCGCAGGAGAAGCGCGCGAAGAAGGCCGUCGGGGUCGGCGGGACCGGCGGCGGCGGCGGCGCUGCGGGCAAGAAGAAGGACGGCGGCGGCGGCGGCGAGGACGACGAGCAGGACCCGGAGGUGAAGAAGCUGCGCGCGGGGCUUGCGGGCGCGAUCGUUACGGACAAGCCGAACGUCAAGUGGGACGACGUCGCGGGGCUCGAGGCGGCGAAGGAGUCGCUCAAGGAGGCGGUCAUCCUGCCGAUCAAGUUCCCGCAUCUGUUCACGGGCAAGCGCACGCCCUGGCGCGGGAUCUUGCUGUAUGGCCCGCCGGGCACGGGCAAGUCGUACCUCGCCAAGGCCGUCGCGACCGAGGCGAAGAGCACGUUCUUCAGCGUCAGCUCGGCCGAUCUGGUCAGUAAGUGGCAGGGCGACUCGGAGAGAUUGGUAAAGCAGCUGUUUGAGAUGGCGCGCGAAAACAAGCCGGCGAUCAUCUUCAUUGACGAGGUCGAUUCUCUGGCAGGGACUCGAAAUGAGUCCGAGUCGGACGGCUCGCGGCGGAUCAAGACCGAGUUCCUUGUGCAGAUGAAUGGCGUAGGCCAUGAUGAUACUGGAGUUUUAGUCCUCGGUGCGACCAACAUUCCCUGGCAAUUAGACAACGCGAUUAAGCGGAGAUUCGAAAAGAGGAUAUAUAUACCCCUUCCCGGCCCAGAGGCACGAAGACGGAUGUUCCAAAUACAUGUCGGCGAUACGCCGUGCGAACUCUCACAGAAAGACUACCGCCUACUAGCAGACAGGACAGACGGUUACUCCGGCUCCGAUAUAUCCGUCGUCGUGCGCGACGCGCUAAUGCAGCCCGUCCGCAAAGUACUGUCGGCGACACACUUCAAACAAAUGCCCUCACCAACCGACGCUGCGGCGCUGAAAUGGACGCCGUGCUCACCGGGAGACAAGAACGCGGUGGAGAAGUCGUGGACGGACAUUGAGAGCGACGAGCUCCUGGAGCCACCACUGCGGCUGGCAGACUUCCUCAAGUCGCUCGAUAGCGUGCGGCCGACGGUGACGGCGGAGGACAUCAAGAAGCACGACCAGUGGACGCUCGAAUCUGGUAAUGAGGGCGCGUAA